GCAGGAGCGCAGACGGGGUAUUCGCUGCUGUGGAUUCUCUUCUGGUCCACGGCGCUGGGCUUGCUGCUGCAGGCGAUAGCAGCACGCGUGGGCGUGGUGACGGGGUGCCACCUGGCGGAGCUGUGCCGCAUGGAGUACUCCCCCGUGGUGCGCACGGUGCUGUGGCUCAUGGCGGAGGUGGCCAUAGUGGGCGCGGACAUCCAGGAGGUCAUCGGCUGCGCCAUCGCCAUCCGCAUCCUCACCCAAGGCGCUGUGCCGCUGUGGGCCGGCGUGCUGAUCACUGGCCUGGACAGCUUCCUCCUCCUGUUUCUCGAGAACUUAGGCAUUCGCAAGCUCGAGGCGCUCUUUGGCCUCUUCAUAUCCAUCAUGGCGGUCUCCUUCGCCCGCAUGUUCCUGGAAGCUGCGCCGGACACGGGGGCCAUUGCACAGGGUCUGCUCAUUCCAUCCAUCCCUCGCGGCGCCAUGGGGAUGGCAGUGAGCAUAGUGGGCGCCGUCAUCAUGCCGCACAACAUCUUCCUGCACUCCGCGCUCGUGCAGUCGCGGGCCAUCGACCGCCACUCCCCCGCACGCGUGUCAGAGGCGCUUGUCUACUUCACCCUGGAGUCCGCCAUUGCUCUCCUCCUCUCCUUCCUCGUCAACCUCUGUGUCGUCUCCGUCUUUGCAAAGCUGUUCUAUGGGCGACCAGGGGCUGUAGACAUUGGGCUCGAUAACGCUGCUGAAUAUCUACAGGAAGCCUUUGGCUCCUCCACCUUCCCAGUGGUCUUCAUCUGGGCGGCGGGCUUACUGGCCGCCGGCCAGUCGUCCACCAUGACAGGAACCUAUGCGGGGCAGUUUGUGAUGUCGGGCUUCCUGGACCUGCACGUGCGCAAGUGGGUGCGUGUGCUCGUCACGCGCACCGUUGCCAUCGUGCCCACCAUCGUCGUGGCUCUGCUCUACAGCUCACCCGCUGCCUCUCCGCCAGCGGCAGCACUGUUUGUGCCCCUAACAAGGCUAGCAGACACAAGUGCUGCUGCAGCAGCGGCAGCAGCAGCAGCUGUUCCCACGUUUGUCAACGUUUCAACUCCCUUCCGGCCUGCAACAGCAGCAGCAGCAGCUAGUCUUCUCUUCUCCUCUCCCUUGGCUGCCCUGCCUUCUCCUAUCACGGACCACUCCCUUGUGUCCUCCAUUUCACCCUGGAAUGCAUCUCUGCAGUUCGUCACAUCGCUUUCUGCUUCCCUCCCCUUCUCCUCCACUCCCCACUCCUCCUCCUAUCCCCACUCCUCCCCCGCCUCCACUCUCCCUGCCGCACUCACUCCUCAUGCCUCUCUCACCCCCCCCAUCCUCACCAUCUCCUCGCUGGAUUCCCUCAACGAGUGGCUCAACGUCCUCCAGUCCGUGCAGCUGCCCUUUGCCAUCAUCCCCCUUCUUGCUAUCGCCACGUCACCGCACGUCAUGGGGCGAUACGCAAUCAAGGGGGCGGUCAAGGUGCUAGCCUGGGCGUCAGCGGCUCUGGUCAUCGCCAUCAACCUCUACCUCCUCCUCGACUUCUCCCGGACCAACCUCCCGCACUCGCUCACCACGCUCUGCCUCCUGCUCCUCCUCGCCCUUCCGUACCUGCUCUUCCUCCUCCACCUCGCCCUCCGCCCUCGCAGUGAAGGGGCUGAGUUCAGCCACCACCAUCGCCACUCCAGUGGGGCCCAUCCUGGUGCCCACUUGCACGGUAGCUACAGUAACGAGCACUCUAGUAACAGCCUGGCGCCUCAACCGGGACAUUCAAGGAGGCAAACCGGUCUUGGAGCACCUUUGUUAGAAGGCUAGCAGAACCGUUAACACACCACAACCUGACAUAAUAUCGUUUUGUGAGCUACCCAGCGUGAUCCCUGUAUUGCAAGCCAUAAUAGUUUUCUAGUGCCUUUGCUGAACCAGA